AUGGAGAUGCCGGAGCCCCCCCCUGUCACCGGGAGCUGCUGGCAGGACCCGCUGGCAGUGGCGGGCACGACGGGCCGGCCGGUGUGCCGGACACGUGGAUGGUCGGGUGGGCGGCGGGCGCUGAGCGUCGUCUGCGUGCUGGGCCGGGAGCCAUCCGCCUGCCCCGCGCUGCGCAGCCUGCGCGACGCCUGCCGUCACCUGCGGGCACGCCUGCACACCCUGCCCUUCGGCACCCUGGCGCUGGGCGACACCGCCACCCUCGACCGCUUCUACAACGCAGACGUGGCCGUGGUGGAGCUGAGCGACUCCGUCUGCCAGCCCUCCCUCUUCUACCACCUGGGUGUCCGCGAGAGCUUCAACAUGUCCCACAACGUCCUGCUGUGCUGCCAGGCCGACCUGCCCCCCCUCCAGGCCCUGCAGGAGGACAUCUGCCAGAAGAACUCGGACCUCUGCGGCAGCUACACCUUCAUCCCCUAUGCGGUGACCCCCCAGAACAAGGUCAUCUGCUGCGACGCUGGGGCCGUGAAGUGCCUGACGGAGUUUUUCCAGCCCAGCUUUGAGACAGAGACCUUCUUCACCCCGCUGACAGCCCGGCUCAUCCAACUGCUGGAGGGCAUCCCCACCGACUCCUGCGGGUAUUUUCGGGAGAUGAUCCGGCGGGAUAUCCGAAGGGCACGGGAGAUGUACCGAGGGGAGCAGCUGAGCCGGGAACUGGCCCGCAUCCAGCAGCGCCUGGACAGCAUGGAGCUGCUCAGCCUGGACAUCGUGGUGAACCUCCUCCUCUCCUACCGCGACGUGCAGGAUUACGAUGCCAUCAUCUCGCUGGUGGAGACCCUCCAGGCGCUGCCGACCUGUGCCGUGGCCGAGCAGCACAACGUCCGCUUCCACUACGCCUUCGCCCUCAGCCGGCGUAACCGUGCCGGGGACCGGGAGAAGGCCCUGUCGGUGCUGCUGCCCGUGGUGGAGCGCGGGGAGAGGGCUGCACCCGACCUCCUCUGCUUGUGCGGCCGCAUCUACAAGGACAUGUUCAUCGGCUCCGGUCUCACCGACACCGAGACGAGGGACCGGGCUUUCUACUGGUACAGCAAAGCCUUCGAGGUGGAGCCGAGCCUCCAUGCGGGCAUCAACGCCGCCGUCCUCCUCGUGGCCGCCGGCCACCGGUUCGAAACCUCCGUGCAGCUGCGGCAAAUCGGGGUGAAGCUGAGCUGCCUGCAGGGUCGCAAGGGCAGCCCUGGGGAGCUGCGCUACUACUGGGAUGUGGGAUUUUGCCUCGGAGCCGGCAUCUUGGCCAAUGACCUCAGCAAAGUCAUCCAAGCCUCUGAGAAGCUCUACAAGCUCAACGCACCGGGCUGGUACCUGGUCUCGGUCAUGGACACCUUCCUGCUCUACAAACACUUCCAGAGGAGCCCGCAGGUCCCCUCCGCUCGGCAGGAGCUGGCUGAUUUCUGGCUGGGCUUCCUCCUCCAGGCGUGCCAGCCCUUCGUCGCCGCACCGCGCUGCCCGGUCCUGGUCCUGGAGCUCAGCAAGGUCCUGCGGCCGGCUUGGUUGGCACUGCAGGAUGGCACGGAGGAGCCCACCCUGACACUCGCCCUCGUCCGCCCCAUGGAGGAGAAAGCGGCAUCGAGCUGGACCUUCGUGGCCACAGCCAUCCGGGGCGUCAGCAUCUGCAAGUACGAUGAACGGGGCUGCUUCCUCUACGUGAUGCACGCGGAGGAGGAUUUCCAACUCUAUUUCCCCUCCCAGCAGCACUGCCGGUGGUUCUGCGACCAGAUCCAGUCCCUCCUGGCCGAGCAGGCGGGAGGCGGCGAGGAGGUGCCCAGCCCCACGCAGCCCAUCCUGGAGUAUAGCUACGAGUACUCGGAGGCGGGCGAGCGGGUGGUCCUGGGCAGGGGGACGUACGGGGUCGUCUACGCUGGGCGCUGCCUCAGCAACCAAGUGCGCAUCGCUAUCAAGGAGAUCCCGGAGCGGGACAGCCGGUACUCGCAGCCCUUGCACGAGGAGAUCGCCUUGCACAAGCACCUGCGGCACAGGAACAUCGUGCAGUACCUGGGCUCCAUCAGCCAGGAUGGCUUCAUCAAGAUCUUCAUGGAGGAGGUGCCGGGAGGGAGCCUCUCGUCCCUGCUGCGCUCCAAGUGGGGACCCCUGAAGGACAACGAACCCACCAUCGUCUUCUACACCCGCCAGAUCCUCGACGGGCUCAGCUACCUCCAUGAUAACCACAUUGUGCACCGCGACAUCAAGGGAGACAACGUCCUCAUCAACACGUACAGCGGGGUGCUGAAGAUCUCCGACUUCGGUACUUCCAAGCGGCUGGCGGGCAUCAGCCCCAGCGCCGAGACCUUCACGGGCACCCUGCAGUACAUGGCACCAGAAAUCAUCAACCAGGGGCCAUGGGGUUAUGGGAAGCCAGCGGAUAUCUGGUCCUUGGGCUGCACCGUCAUCGAGAUGGCCACGGGCAAGCCCCCCUUCGACGAGCUGGGCAGCCCCCAGGCUGCGAUGUUCAAGCCCCCACGAGUGCCUCCCCUCCAGGUGGGCAUGUUCAAGAUGCACCCAGAGGUGCCCGAGUCCAUGUCGGACAAAGCCAAGACGUUCAUCCUGCGCUGCUUCCAGGCCGACCCGGCCGAGCGGGCGACGGCCGCCGCGCUGCUGCAGGACCCCUUCCUCGCCGAUGCCAGGAGGGCCCGGAGCCGGGCCAUGCCCCCGGUGAAGGGUGAUUCCCCCGACUUUGGGCAGCAGGAUGGGGAUGUGGAGAGCAGCGAUGGGAGCAGGGGGUGUUCCUCAGCCAGGCAGGACACCCCAGUGAGGGGCACAGCAGGCAGCCCCCUGCUCCCGUGCCACCCUGGCGAGGCAGCCUCAAGCCACAGCUACUUGGGUACUGCCCAGGGCUCGGCCGACUCCGACCGCAGCCUGCGCUCGUCCUCCCCCGAGGAGAGUGGGGACGGGUUCCUCCUGCGGAAGGACAGCAAGCGCCGAGCCACGCUGCACCACGUCCUCACCGCCGAGGCGCCGAGCAUCAUCGCCACCUUGGAGGAGAGCCAGAGCACGGCGGGCGCGAGGUUGGGCUCGGAGCAUCUCGCUCAGCUGCUGAGCUGCCUGCGGAGCUACAUCCAGUGCCCCAGCCAGCACCAGCUGCGCCAGGACCUCCUGGCACUGCACACCCGGCUGCGGGCGGAGGGGCUGAGCCUCCCCCACCUCCAGGCUCCUCUCUUCGGCUUCCAGGCAGCGGUGAGACGGGUGCUGCGCCGGCAUCACAUCAAACCCCACUGGAUGUUUGCGCUGGAUGACGCCGUGAGCCAGGCGGUGCAGGCAGCUUUUGCCGUGCUGGUGAAAGGUGGCACCCAGGCGGAUCCCCUGCCCUCCCUGCAGGCAUCCUCGGUGCUGGUGGCACAGCUCUGCCACCUCCGCACGGAGACGGGCAGGCUGCUCCAGGAGCUGGCCGAGAAGGAGCAGGAGUGGCAGCGGCUGAUGCAGCGGAUGCUUCGCUCCGGGGACGAUGACACCAUGGUCUCCAGCCAGCCCGAGCAUGGGGAGGCCCCCCCAGGGUGCUUUGUCCCGGGGCAGGAUCACUCGUCCCCGAGGCCCCGGCCCCUCCAGGGACAGGCUGACCCCCUCCUCCUCGAGUGGCUGCAGCAGCACGGCACGGACCCGGCUACCACGGCCACGCUCCUCUCCCACGGCUUCACCCUGCGGGACCUGCUGGGCUGUGCCACCCGCGACGACCUCUUCUACAUGGGCAUCAGACGGGGGCCUGCGUACCGCCUCUGGGCAACCAUCCUGGAGCACCGGCGGACCCUCGCCCAGCGGGAAGGGGAAUGA